AUGGCUACCGACAUCGCGCUCGAUACCACUAUUGGCACCAUUGUCAUCGAACUCUACAACGACCACGCGCCCAAGACAUGCAAAAACUUCUCGACGCUCACGCAGCGCAACUACUUCAACGGCCUGAUCUUCCACCGCAUAAUACCAAACUUCAUGAUCCAAGGCGGCGACCCCACGGGUACUGGAAGAGGAGGUGAGAGCAUAUAUGGAGACAAGUUCGAGGACGAGAUCAGCCCCCAACUCAAGCACACCGGUGCAGGCAUCCUCAGCAUGGCCAACUCCGGUCCGAACACCAACGGCUCCCAGUUCUUCAUCACAUUGGCGCCGACUCCGUGGUUGGACGGCAAGCACACCAUCUUUGGAAGGGUCAAGAGCGGGAUGCAGAUCGUGAAGAAGCUGGGCUUGGUCAAGACAGACAAGGAAGACCGCCCUGUGGAGGAAGUCAAGAUUGUCAAGGCAUACCUCGUCGACGACGGAGCGAUGGCGAUGCAGCGAUACUAG